AGGGCACCCAUUGGCAAAAUGAUUUUCUAUUGAUCACUGUAACUUGAAGUGAGCAAGUAAUUGGUUGUUACGAAACACCUGAAACACAUUGUGUCGUGAGAAGACAUGAGAGCUGAAGACAUGAGCGCCGCGGAGCAUGUCGAGGCGAAAUUCUCACAAGAACUCAAAUAAAUGCCCCGACAGAUAUCCAAACACAUUUGGGGGGAAUUGAUGACAGAGAGAGUAAGUGUUAUUCUUAAAUACUGAUUAAUGAAGAAAAAAUUUGUCUACGUCCCUGGGAAAUAAAUCUUGAGCCGGAGAUGUACCAGUUGUCGAUUUACAAUAUCCUAUUUCUGAUGUUCAGUUGUGUCUAUUCCCCAAGUCAUGUGGUAUAAUAGGUUGGCUGUACUCAAAGAAGAAGAACAACUCAUGUUGUCAUUUAAUUUCUGGAUAUAUUGUACUUGUGUGAUACUGGGUAUUGACUCUGUGCAGGUGUGUCUACAUACAGAUGUUCCAGAUGGGUGUGCGCGUAUACGUCUGGCUCCGCGAAAUGAGGUGACCUCUUUAACUACACGAGAUCCGGACUACGAGAGACCUGAGACCCUGAGGAAGGCCCUCCGACGACCAAGAACCGAGGACGAGCCCCUGCUGAAGCGACCGGGCUGUGAUUUGGACUAUAAGUUUCUGACUUCCUCUUCCGCGGACCACCGAGAAGCCGGAGAAUGGAGGACCACGCGUACGCGCUGCGGGGAGCUGGCGACUUCGUUGGAGCUCCCCCUCCCAGCCCCCCGGCGGCAGCCAUCGGAAUCGACUACGGAGCUGGUGGAGACUACGUUGGAGCUCCUGGCCCCCCUCCGGCCGUCAGGUUUGUCCAGGGAGUUGCACAAAUUGAGUCUCUCAAUGCAUAUUUGGCUUUUUUGCGUGUCUUGGGCCGUUUACCACCAGACGAGCUCCGCCGCCGACUCCGACUCCGACCCGCCGUCGAUCUCCACCAGCUCUUCCGACUCGCCCGAGUCCGACGGGCCCGCCUCGGACUGGCCCGCAGGUAAGUUAUCAGGUUAGUGAUAUACUUGUCCCUUUAAACUUACACUACACUGUUUAAAGUACUGUUAUUGGUUUGUAUGUACACUUUAUUUUAUAUUCUACUGUAAAUGUCAUGUUACAAUUCUUGCACUUUGUUGAUUGUUGAAAGUUAUUGUCUAAUGUUGCACCACCACACAUUCUUUGUAUGUGAAAACAUCCUUUGCAAUAGAUAGAUGGAUAGACAGACCGAGAGACAAUUGAUAGAUAGAUAGAUAUAUGCAGACAGACAGAUGGACGGAUAGAUAGAGCGAUGAACAGAUACUUUAUUCAUCCACAGGGGGAAAUUUGGUUGUAGAAGCAAGGUUACAGAGUAAACACACAAUAUAUACAAUAAAAUAGCAGAGCAGGAAAUAUUCAAUUUAAGAAAAUUAGAUAAUAAAGAAAAUGCAAAGUGUAAAUACAGUGAAAGGGUGAUUGAUCAAUUUAAGGAGGAUAUGGUUAGAGGUGAGUUAUUAUAAAGUCUUAUAGCAGUUGGCAGGAAUGUUAUCCCGUUUCUGUCCUUUGGUAUUCCUGUCCUCUCACCCUCUCUUUAGCUGUGGAACGUCUUGAAGCAGCUCUGGCCCCAGUCCCCAAGAAACCAGAAGAGUCUCCCAGGAGGAGCAGGAAGAGGAGGAGCCCGACUGCCCUGCAGGACUGAUAAAGUUCCAACCAGCCUUCCCUCGCUCCUGGCGGGGGAAGGCUGGUUGGCGUGGUUAUACUUUUUUAUUUAGGUAUCGAUUGCUGUGACACAGAAGAGUCCACCAGGAUCUCCUUAACGACGACGAAGAAGAGCCACAUGAGAAGGAUGAAGGACUGACACCGCCCGCCCCGCCCACACAGGAAGCAGCUGUGAAGAAGACGGACACUUCAGCCUGAACGAGACAUAAUAAUUCUUUCAUUUGUCAUAUGGAAUACUGUACAUUCAU